AACAUGGUCUUACUUUACAGGCAAAAAUUAACAGGCUUUCCCAGGAACGCAUGCGUCAGCUGUUCACUGUUAUUGCAGAACGUAAUCCUCAACUAGUACAGGACAUUCUGGAUGAGGAUGAGUCCAUUAACAUCCCACAUGAUGAUCAACGUAAUGCCGAACUACCUCCCCCAUGGUGCCUGUGCCAUUGCUGUAGGAGUAUGCCGACUUCUAGAGAGAGAGUCUGUUGUGGGAAUGGGCCCACAAACUGUUUGUCAUUAAUUCCGGAAAUGAGUGAAAUUGUAAUACAUCAAGGUGUACUACGUGUUGCGGAUACUUACAGGCGGUCAAUUUUCGGAAUACCUGCGGAAACUGAUGAAAACCGGCGAUACAGACAUGCUUCAUAUCGGCAGUUUACGGUCUGGCGUUAUGGACGACUGGGAAGCAGAGUUCGUAGAGUAAUUCCAAGUUGCUGUGUGUGGCGAAUUCGUGACCGUUAUCCCGAUGCAUUAGGACAUUAUACUGGUUUUCUACCACAUCGGAGGGGGGGGUUUGACUGUUAAUAUAAUUUCUAGUGUCAUUUAGUACUACCAUAGC